AUGUAUUGGCAGUUGACAUUAUGUGACAAUUUAAAUUUCAAUGAUGAGAAACGAUAUGAUAAGGAUGAUGAUAAGAAUGAUAUGAUUAAUCUUCAAAAUGGAUUAGAGGAUCUUGAGAAAUAUCAUUGGGAAAUUUAUAUUCAAAACAACAAAUUAUUGACAGAACUCAGAAAUAAUUUUCAAAAGCUAAAACAAACAAUUGUCAAAAAUGAUGUACCAGAAUUACUCGAAAUAAUUGAUGACAGUGUGACAGUAGAAUCACCGAUUGUUGACAUUGAAUACAAUGAAAUUGAUGAUCACAGUUGUAUGUCCGAUAAAAAAAUAAUUGAAAUUUUGCUAAAACGAUAUAAAACGCAUAAAACUCCAUCAGAGGAAGGUGUCACUGUUUGGAUUGAGGUAUGGGUGCAAGAAGUAAAUUCAGUAAAUGAAAUGACAUCCGAUUUUGACAUGGAUAUUUAUGUAACUGAAUUAUGGAUUGAUAAAGCACUAAGAUAUGAUGAUAUGAAUCCAUGCAAAUAUAAUUUAUCACUUAGCAAUGAGAUUUUAGAUCAAAUUUGGAAACCUAAUACAGUAUUCAUUAAUAGUAAAUCAGCCAAUAUACAUCGAUCACCUUUCACAAAUCUUUUUCUUAUGAUUUAUCCAAAUGGUACUGUAUGGGCUAAUUACAGAGUACAGGUAAAAGGUCCAUGUCAAAUGGAUUUCACAUCAUUUCCAAUGGAUGAACAGACAUGCUUACUAACAUUUGAAAGUUUCAGUUACAAUAAUCAGGAGGUUGAUAUGCGAUGGAUUAAUACAAAAGAACCAUUAAUACUUUUAAAAGAUGAAAUUUUACUACCUGAUUUUGUGCUUAGCAAUUACAAUACAUCCAUUGCACUUGUGUCUUAUCCAGCUGGGAUUUGGAAUGAAUUAACGAUGACAUUCACAUUUACUAGACGUUAUGGAUGGUACAUAUUUCAGGCAUAUGUUCCAACUUAUCUUACCAUUUUUAUCAGUUGGAUUAGUUUUUGUCUAAGUGUCAAAAUGAUCCCAGCACGUACAAUGCUUGGUGUUAAUUCACUUCUUGCUCUUACAUUUCAUUUUGGUAAUAUUAUGCGAAAUUUACCACGUGUCAGUUAUGUUAAAGCAUUUGAUGUUUGGAUGCUAUCGUGCCUUUCAUUUGUUUUUUGCUCACUUCUUGAAUUGGCUAUUAUCGGUUCAAUUAAUGCUCGUAGUGAAAUCACUACAGUGAAAAAACCUCUCAAGAAACGUUAUCGAUCAUCCUCGAUACAUGGUAGUUGUAAACAUUCACCAAUCACAUGUCAUAAAGAAAUUGAAAAUAAUAUUACUAUAAGAAGUAUCAGCCCAAUCGAUCCAUGGAUAAAUACAAGAACUCUCCUGCCAUCUGAGAGUCGCAUAAUAAAUCGAAGUAUAAUCGGAGGGGAUGCUACAAGUGCGAUUCGCUCAAAUCAGAAAGAAGAAACAUUACUUUUGGAUUCGAAUGAUAUUCGUACUUCUAGAAAUGAACAACUACGAAAAGUACAUCUAUCUUUCCGGAAAUAUGCAAGUAGUUGGACAGCUGACCGCAUAGAUCGUAUUUCCAUAAUAUUAUUUCCGAGUUUAUUUACGAUAUUUAAUAUAGUUUAUUGGAGUUAUUACCUUUCACGAAGUAGGUGA